CAAGAGGAGAAGUAGCAAGUGUAGUGAGUUGCUUUUAUUCGCGUGUUUCAUCGGAUUUGUUUUCGUUUUAUACUUCGGUAAAAUGUCAAGACUAGAUAAGUUACAUUCUAACCUGAUGAAGCGAAUGUCAAUUGUCAUUCGUGAUAUCUGGGUGGAGGUGGAAGCGACGGUGAAGGACUAUCAAAAGGAAGCAGCCCAAACACGAUCAGAAAACGCGAGGCUGAAACAACAGCUCAGGGAUGUGCUAAGCAGGAAUCAGGCACAAUUAAACGGAGUCCACUAUGUCCCCCCUGAUGAAGUCUCACCCACAGAAUUACCAGCAUGUGGAUAUGGCUCCCCAGUUGAACCAGAAGACCCAGAUGAUCAGCAAACAGAGGACAAUGCCCAGAGUCAAGAUUCACCUAUUGAACCGAAGCCACGCAUACUAGAUGUUGUUUCAAUCUGUAAGACAGAGGUAGAGGAUAGAGAGCUAGCGCAUCUAAAAGAUGCCUCAUCUGGAGGCGAACAACGGCUCUUCUCUCAGUUCGACAGCUCGAGUACGGAUGAGGUGUGGAACAGGAACGUGCCUACUGUGGCAACACCAAGAAUCAAGACUGAGCCCGAGGACACCAUCAUCACUAUAAGAUCUUCAGUUACUACCACCCCUGCCCGUGCCGGUCCGUGUCAAGACUCCGAGCCCGCUCACCAGAUGAGAACAGCCAGUGAUGCUUCAUCCAUGUUGAGGAGACCGCAGCGUAAGGAACUCCGUCGCACACGAUACACCAAACCUAGAAGAGCAUCGGUGAAAGAUCACGAAGAUGAAGGGCCGUAUAAGUGUAACAAAUGUGGAAGGCAGUUAAAGGACUUGGCAAAGCUGCAGUUGCACAAGAAAUUGCAUGAAAGAUCCUUCAUCUGUCACUGGUGCGGCAGAGACUUCUCUAAGUUCGACUAUCUUCGGAUGCAUAUGCGCACACACACCGGAGAACGGCCUUACCGCUGCAACUGGUGCUCAAAGACCUUCAGCCAGAGUGGGAACAUGAGGAGACAUGAGCGCACGUGCCGAAGUUUCAAUGAAGAACCGGCAUCGCACGCACUGGAAGAUCAACACCUGCCCGCCGAGUGACCGGUCAUCACUGUUGCCAGAUCGCGUCUGCAACCGGCAACCUGUUGUUGUGAUAUAGAGAUGAAAUUCGAUUGUCAUUACGUAUAAUAGGAUAUUUGUUGUUUUAUCAAGUAUAUUAGAAGCUUCCAUGUUACAGAAGACAGAAGGCCGGUAUGCUGUUUGACCAACAUUUCAAUGACCUUUUUCAGGCAGUGUGUGUGCACAAAUGUUGUCAGGAAGCCGAGAAACAUUAUGGGAAUGAACGUUUGCCCCUUUGAGGAAGAUGACUUUGUGUUCCAUACUAAGUACCAUGACUUGCUAUACUUCCAGACUGAUGUUUUAAUAUUAUAAAUACUCCACAGAAAGCAGUUUCUAGCCAAUGAAAUAUUUUUAGGCAGUGUGUAACUAUAAAUUCGUUAUAGGAAGGAAUGACUUUCAUUACUUAUUUUAUUCAUUUUGCUUAUAUUUUCAGCCCUACACAUUACAAUUUAAAAAUUACAGGUUUUUGGUGGAAUUACAGAGAGGACAACUUAAAUCUUAACCAGUACAUUAGGAUAUGAAUCGGUGUUGGUAGACUGGAAGGCAAAAUUGACUUAAACUGCAAAAUCAUGUAAUUUGAAAAGAUUUAUCUUAUGACUGUAAAAUGAGGAACUUUGUCGUAUGUAAUAACAAGCAUUUGAAUAAACUAGAUUCAGUUUA